UGACUAUCCACCAAAAUUUCAAAGGGAUUGACCCAUAUCUGAUCGGAUCUGCAUAUCCAGCCAUAAUGUUAUAUUGUAAAAGUAAAACCUUCUGGCUUAUUAUUUUUAUCUCAAUUCAAGGCAGAUUAUUUCAUCAUGUAAUUUGAGGCUAAUAAGCAACAUUGAUUUUCACUGUUGCAUAGAAGUUUGAUCAACUCUAGAUGAAGUUUGUAAACUGAGGGAAACAAACAUGGAGGAUGAUUCUGAUAAUCCAGAGGAUGAGAAUGUUACCAUAACAUUUGGAGAUGAAGAAAAAAUUAACUGUUCUAAAUGUCUUCUGAUGAAGAAAAGUGAUUACUUUAAUGCCAUGUUUUCCUCUGGUAUGAUAGAAAGUCAUUAUAAUAUGGUAGAAAUUAAAGAUGUGGAAGCUGAUGUCAUGAGAGAGCUGAUCAGCUAUAUCUCAUCUGAUGUACUACACCUAACAAAGGAAUCUGUGUAUUGUAUCACGGCUGGGGCUUGUAGGUUUCAGAUAUCAAGUGCCAUAGAAUUGUGUUGUGAAUUUUUAAGAGAUAAUAUGUGCCAUAAUACCUGUCCAAGUACCUUGGAGUGUUCGACUUUGUAUCAUCUUAAAAGUGUGCUAAAAUUAGCUAAAAGGCACAUGCAGCAUUACUUCACAAAAGUUUGUCAGACUGAGGAUUUUCUCUCCAUACAAGUUGCAACAUUAAGAAGCUUAUUACAGGAGAAAGCCUUGAACGUGCAAUCAGAAAUAGAUGUUUAUUAUGCAUUUGAACGAUGGAUAGAUGCCGAUGUAGAGAAUAGACAACAGUAUAUAAAUGAACUGUCGAAAUACAUACACAUUGAAGAUAUAAUUAAUCCUUCCAUAGAACUUAACAUGCUGCCAGAAUUCAAAUAUCUUCACAUAACAAAAAAUGGCAUUUUGCAAAGACUUGAAAAUAACAAAGAUCAAAUAAGAAGAAAGUAUCGACAAGUCCCUGAAGACCUGUUUUGUGUAGGGUUACAGAGAUUUGAUGAAUCUUCCCAGAGUUUCUGGUUUGAUCCUGAGAUCUACAAGAUUGAUAUGACAAAGGAAUGUGGUAUACUGAAAGAUAAUGUUAUAACUACAAUGGAAGAUGUUUUACCUAAUGUGGAAGGUCAUGGUGGUUAUAGUGUCUGUGUUAAUGGUCAAGACAUAAUAGUGUCAGGUGGAGAACCAAAGUUAGGUAAAAAUACAUGGAACCUUGGUGUUUAUUGCUAUAAUACCUUCACGAAAAAGUGGCGAAAGUUGACAGAAUUACAGAGUCCGAGGCGACACCAUGCAUCGUGUGCUAUAAAUAAUUGCCUAUAUGUUAUAGGGGGAUAUGGACGAUUUAGAGUUAAACUUAAUUCUAUGGAAAAGUAUGAUUGUGAUGAAGACAAGUGGUGUUCAUUGGCCCCAUCACCAACACAUGGGUACCACAAAGCUUUGACAGUUUUACACAACAAAAUAUAUGCUUUGUUCUGUAGUAGUGCAAUGUUUUGUUAUUCGCCGGUGCAAGAUACAUGGACAAAGUUAAUCAUGUCUAGUGAUAUACAAAGUGGACUGGCAUUUCUGGGAGCAUGUACUUACAAUGAUGCAAUAUAUGUGAGAGCCAGUCGAGACUUGGUUCAUGUAUUGGAACACUCUGACGAUAAAUCUCUUGAAGUAACAAAUACAUAUACACAUUUUACCAAGAAAAAUAAUGAAGAAAUUGGAGGAUAUGUAUUUGGUAUAACUAUAUGCAAUAACGUAAUGUAUUGUUUUAAAACUGAUGAUGAAACCGGUUUCCAAACAGACAUGUUAUAUGUUAAUCUACUUGAUGGUGCUAAGGAGAAUGGAAAUUCAAAGGUUGUUGAUGUACAAAUACUGAUGCAGCACCAGUUGGACUUAGUGUCUGUACCUGUAUAUUAGAUAAAUUUUAGUUACUAUUCUACAAAGUCUUUGGUUAUAGGUUUGAUUUUAAUGAUUUUUGUAUUUUUACCAGUUUUUAUAAAAAGGAGAAAAAUAACUAAAAAAGAGUACCAUUUACAUGAAAAGUGGUAAAGAUUACAUUAAAAAAUAUGAAGUUUUAACAUUCCAAUUAUUAACAAAAUGUUAAGUAUGAAAUUUAGAGGCUGGUCCACAGCGCUAUAUUUUGGUUCUAUUUGAAGCAAUAUAUUUCUAAUACAAUGAUUUUUUUAAAGUUAGAAUUUAGACAAUUCAAUUUAAUUUAAUAUUUUAUUUACAUCUCACCUUAUGCAUACAAAUAUACAUGUAUUAUACAACAUUUAAAGAUACAUUUUGUUUUAUACAUAAGCCAAUCAGUACAGAUUAUUGAGAGACGAUAACAGCUAAAACAACAUGUAUAUACAUUAAAAAUUAAACAUGAACGAUAAAAAUAAACAGCAUAAUUGUGAUAUUAAAUACAAUAUAAAACUUCUUUGCCUCUUUUCAGAAUAGAAUUAAAGGUUUUGGCACAUAAUCUAAUAAUAUCUUGAUUCUUAAAUAAAAACAACAUUAUCUGAUAAUCUGUCAUAUUAUCAAAAUUUUCAUCAGGUUAAAGAGAUUCAGUAAAAAGAAUUUGUCUAAGAUCACACUAGGUUUUGGUUUUCUGUUUAUCUGGAUAGUGGUCUAUGGAUUAUAGCUCUAUGUGUAUUUUAGUUUAUACAUUUUGUACUGCAGUAUUCUUAUAUAAAGUGAAAAAGGUAGACAAUGCUGCCUCUGAAUACAUUAUACCAAUACUUAUGUGCAGAAUUAAUGUUAAUUCUUGAAAAGAGAUGUGUAGAAUAUACCAUAUUAAUUGCUAUGAUUGUUGAUUUUAUUUACUUUUUAAUUAGAUUUUAUGGUUGUGAAAUUAUGGGAACCAUUUUCAACAUGAUAAUACUGUUUGGUUUUCAGAUUAUUGUGUUGUGAGUCUUGAAAUUGUGAACAAAUUUGCAGAUUUUGUAUAGAUUAGAUAUAUAAAAUCAGGGUUUAAAAUUAGAGAUAAUUUUGUACUGAUCAGAAGAUUUUACAAGCCCCAUCUACUGUAUUAUAAUGAUUGUAAACAAAUGAUAUUGGAUACAAAAUAUAUGAGUACUGUUGAUUCAUUUAUUAUUAUAGGUACUAAUUUUGUGGAUUGCGGAGAAAAAAAAUCUUGGAUUCUUUCUUUUAUGGUUUUAGCAAAUUAUGCAUACAAACCUGUACUGUAGGAAAUUUAUACCUUGUUGAUCAUUUGAUUUUUGUUUUGACCUAAAGCCACGACCUCCAUAAUACUAAGCACCUCAUGAAUCAUAAUGAAUCCAUAGUAUUUGUAAAGUUAAUGCUGCACAUAAGAUAUACUGAUAAAAAUGAAAUUACUGCCAUUAGUAACACCAAAUAAAUAUGUAGUUUCCAUGUCAACACUUAAGACACUUUUAUGGACAUUUUGGGUUAAGCACUGUUUAAAGUUUAGAACAUUUCCCUUAUAGGGGUAAAUUCAGUUAAAAAAAUCUCUCACUGACUUGAAUGCAAACCUAUUUCUUGAAUUAGAUUUAUACCCGGUUUACCUUUAAAAAUCACAAGCUUUCAUAUAUCAUUCAUCAUGUUCAUUAAAGUACAAAAUUAAUGUAGCCCCAUCUUUUGCAAUAAUCAAAAUAUAAGGAUCAUGCAGCAUUUAUGGGCCUUUCACAUGGCCUUGUUUAAAAACACAAUAGAAUCGUCUAAAUUCCUACACUGACCCCAUUUCUUUUCAACCCUGUAGUAAAAAAAUUAAGUGCAUUCAGCAUUAAUUUUUUAUUUUUUUUUAAACCCAGUUUGGGUCCAUCUUAUCAAGAAUAUUUAUUACAAACAUUAUCUACCAAUCAGAAGAGCACAGGACUUCAGUGUUAUCCAGGAAGCUCUCCCCCAAAUGGGCAGUCCUUGAUGACGUAUAUUUAUUUACUGAAUUUACCCCUAUAUAGUCUAAGUAAAAUAUGUUUUAAAAUAUAAAAUAAUUUUUAAUACCUAACAACUUUAUUUUUUGUCCCAGGAGGCAGGAAACAAGUCUUUGAUUUUUUUUGGCCUAAAAUAUACUUUAAUAUCUAUAGCACAAAUGUUGCACAUAGCAUAUACUGAUAAAAUGUGAUGAUAUGUACAUAUGUAUAUCCAUGUUCUGUUAAUGUUUUAGAAUAAUGGUGCUAAAAAGUUGGCAAUUUGAUUUUAGCUUUUCUAAUCCAAAUUGUAUUUAGUUGCCACCAUAUACAUAUGCAUCCUUAAUAUCUGUAUUCUGCUACUUACAACAAUAUAGUGUAAUCAAAGUUUCCCUAAUCAAACUUUAUGUCUUUGUUACAUUGUAUAUUGUUCAUUAUUCUAAAUAAUGUAGACUUUUAAUGCACAGUUAUCAACAUUUUUAUACAUUUUGGUAUGUACAGGAAUUAUACAGCAGUUUUGAUCUUCAUGUAUCUUUUCAUUUUAUAUUAUAUAUCAGUUCCAUAUUUUAAUCUUAAGUGCAUAAUAAGGUUGUUUUGUUUUCUUCAAAAAGAAAAAUCAUCUUUCGAUCAGGACUAGAGCUUUAUACAAUAUAUUUUGGUGUUUGGCUAUUGCUCAUUGCUAAUUGUAAUAAAGUACAAAAAAUGUAGUUAUUAAACAUUUAUCUUUAUGUAAUGUUAAAUGUGGUGGGUUGCUGUCUCUAUUACUAGUCAAGUAUGUUUUUUUAAUUUUUGACCAAUGAAGGCCCUUUCAUGAAAAAGGUGUAAAGCAAUCUUCAAAAUGAAUAGCACAUAAGAUGGCUGUCUGUAAAGUAUCUAUAUUAAAGAUUUUGAGGAUUUUAGAUUUAUAAAUUAAUGAAAUCACUAAAAAUUAUAUAAAAUUUGUUGAUGUCUGCACCCAGACCACACAUAUAAUUUUUAAAUGAAAUAAUCAUAGAAUCAUACCACAUCUGUUCAUUUUAUAUAGUCUUACAUUUUUAUUUGUGGAUGAAGCAUACAUGUUAGUUGGGCACAGAAAUAAAACCCCAAUGACUUAUAUCCUAUAGGUUCUUCUGGCUUUAUUAUCCCUCUAUAAAUGCAACCUCAUGGGCUACAAGUUACUGUUACUACCAUUCUUUAUUACGGUAUGUAAAAAAUACUAUUGUGCAAAUUUCAUUUUGCACUACUGGUUAUGAGAUAAUGCAAGCACCAUUCACCUUGCAUUAUAAAUUAUAAAUUCUAUUUGAAAGCAUUUACAAAUGUAACUUUGUAUGGCAAGCAAAUAUUAUUAAGUUUUGUUUACAACUAUUUUUUUGUAAAGUUUGAAAAAUAUCUUUUGAAAUUAUGUGGCUUCAUUGCAUUGUUGAAUUCUAAGAUCUAUCAUUAAUUAUAGUCAAUGAUUUUUCUUAUCUGUAUAUAAUGAUUGAUCACUAGACUGAAUUUCCAGUGAACCAUCCAGUAAGCUUUAUUUAGUUUGUUUGGGGUAUCACAUUCAAAGGAAGACAUGCAUUUUGUUAAUCUAUUUUAGAUACCGGCAUAUGUAUAUGUAUAUGGUCAGUUCAGUACCAAAUGUGGCUGAUUCUAUGGUGUGUGCAUUUGGCACCAGUGUGUAAGGUCUCCAUUGUAUGAUGUCCUUGCCCCUAAUCAGUCAAAGAAAAUAGGAGUCGAACAAAGAUUAAUGAGCUUACAGAAAUAUGACUAUAUUUUAAUAUUGGGGGAUUAUACACCUUUUUACACUGACUUCAAGAUCAAGCUGUAUAAAAAAUCCAGGUGCACAAAACAAAUUGGUUUCUAUAUAUCAGUCUUAAAUGUUUUGCUUUGUAUAACCAUAUGAGUACUAGUAAGACAUGUAACAAUAAAUCUAUUCAAGUUUACAAAAGGAAAAUUUAGGUUUAUAAUAAAAAAAAAUACAUUACAUUAUUAUUAUUGAAUAUAAGAGAAUGUGUGUUUGAGAUAUUGGAAAAGAGAUUUCUGUGUGAGUUUUUUAUUGUUAAAUCAUGAGUAGAAAGUAUGUAUGAAGAAAAAUCAGGGAAUUAGGUUGUUUUAUAUCAUUGCUUUCACAUUUUAGAAUAAAAUUAUUUUAAUACUUAUACAA